UUGAAUCGCGCAGCUUAAAUGGAAGGACAAGUGGACGAUGGCCUUUUCCAAGAGUUAUUGGACAACCCCGAGGCAAUCCUUCUUGUAUUUGAUGGCUUAGACGAAUUUAAGGAUCUGGGAAGCUGUACUGCGAACGAAGCCGCACAAUUCGGUAAUUCCCCUAACGAGGAAAUGCCGGUAUCAGCCUUGUUCGUAAAGUUACUCCAAGGCAAACUCCUCCCGGAUGUAACAGUGAUGACGAGUUGUAGGCCGACAGCACUGGAAAGCGUCGAGAUCUCAUAUUUUGAGAGCACUGUGGAAAUUAUGGGAUUUACGGAAGAGAAGGCUCACAAAUACGUGAACAAAUACUGCCAAGGAGACAGCCACACAGCAGCCAGAAUAUGGGAACAUCUCAGCGGUAACCUACACCUGUUGUCUUUAUGUUACAUUCCAGUGAAUUGCCGUAUUUUUUGUUACUUUCUGAAAGAGUUAAUAAAGCCAUCUCCCCCUGACGUAGGAAGCGUCAUUUUACCCACACGGCUGACGGACGUUUAUCAAGGAGCCCUAAGAUUGUUCGUCUUCACACAUCAUCCUGAAUUUCGAGAUAAACCAUUUCGAGGAAAUGAAAGCUUUUCAGAUUCGGUUGAAAAGACUUUGUCUGAUCUCGGAUCGUUAGCAAGAAGAGGGAUAGCGGAAGGACGGUUAAUAUUCGAUAAGGAAGAAGUCGCAGAAAUGACAAAUUGUGGUUUGCUGACCCAAUUACCUGACAUAAGGUUGUCACCAGUAGAAUUCAAACAGCGCUUCAGCUUCAUCCAUUUAACCUUACAAGAGUUUCUCGCGGCAAGGGAAAUUUCGAAGAUGGAUCCGGCUGAACUGAAGAUCUUUAUCACUUUUAAUGCUGAGGAUCCAAAGUGGCAGCUGGUCAUUCAAUUCAUUGCAGGAUUGCUCCAUGGGCAAAAGACGGAGGCUAUCGAGAGCAUUGUGUCUUGUCUUCAUGAUUCCCUGCUUUCAAAGUCGGCAAGCAGACCGUCGAGAAGGAAAGCAUUACUCAUGAUGAACUGCUUGUACGAAUACAAUGACGAGGUCACAGUGAAGAGAGCAGCUUCAAUGCUAAAGCAGAACCGGGAUUUCCACGGAUUCAUUCAGUUAUGGAAAUGUAACGUUACGCCUGUCGAUUGUACAGCAAUUGUCUACUUCUUAAAGCACAUCGAGCCACUAAACUACGUCCUCGAGCUGACUAUCAAUUCCUUGGGAGAUGGCGGUUGUAAAGAACUUACAAAGCUGUUAAAAGAGGGAGGUCCAGUCAAACUCGUGAUACCCGAGAACAAGAUCGCCGAUCAGGGCUUGAUUGCACUGGUAGAAGCUAUCAAUACGGACAGUUGCAAACUCAAAAAGUUGAACCUUGUUUUGAAUACCUCGAUCACUCCAGAAGCGUUGGCUAUUUUAUGCCAGUCAUUGAGAGAGAAGAGUUGUAAACUCACCCAUUUGAAUCUUGGAGGACUUCAGCUCACUGAUUAUGUAUUAACACAACUUUGCGAAUCACUCCAGCAUGUGAACUGCUCAUUGACCCACCUAAGGCUGGCCAUUGAGGAGUUUUGGACUGACGCGCUUAUACUGAAGCUCUGUGAAACACUUAAACAUCCAAACUGCCAGCUAACCUCUUUAGUCAUUUCAGGCCACAAAAUAACAAAUCAAGGAGUAUACUACUUCUGUGAAGCCCUUGAAUGUGAACACUGUAAACUUACAUCGCUUAACCUGACCAGCAACCGAAUUACUGCUGUGGCGUUACCAAACUUGUACAAAGCAGUGAAACACCCGAAUUGCAAACUCUCAACGUUACACAUCAUUUCGUGGAACAUCAAUAACCAAAGCAAAAAGAACAUUGAAGAUGUGCUCAAAGCUGCCCUUUCCGUAAGAAAACAAGUUCCUCAGGAACUAGAACCCUCUUCAAGUUUUAAUGAAAAAAAUCUUAAACUUGCGAUAACUCAUGCAGUCCACUUCUAAUCCUUGUUAUCAACAUUUUCAAAGGGGAGGGGGGGGGGAGUAAGAAAAGGGGCGAAAAAUCACUGAAUCGUUGCAAGGCUUGUAGCUUCCCAGAUGAGAUUUGAAUGUACCACAGGAAAGAGACAGUAGCAGACAAAUACAUGCAUUUUCAAGGCAAUCUUCCCAUUUCUCACCGAAAGGUUACAGAAAACGAAUUGUUGAACCAAUUGUGAGGAUGAAUUUGUUUGAAAUUUCACGCUAGAUUUAUCAUUGAUUUCCUGACUGACUGGUUGAUGAAUCCAUCCAAUAUUUCAGAAAGUUGUUCUAAAUUUCUCUGAGACUGAAAAAAAUUGUCUUUUCUAUAUUUAGAUCAGUUCAAAUGGCCUUGUUUGAGGCCAUUUCUUUCCAGAACUAUACCACCACAAACUGUGUAAAGACUCUAGGAAGGACAUCAGCAGUUUAUUCGCCGAUUCGCGGCUAAACGUCCAAGUUAAAGAUGCAAAAAUAAAUUUUCAAGUCUAAAAUCAUCUUUAUAAAAAGACACAGCACCUAUCUGCGAAGGGGCCGCAGUGAUGAAACUGAUAUAGUGAUAAUUAAUACGGUGCAGUUAUAGCUUCGCACAUGUUGCGUUAUUUAAGGUUUGGCGUUGAAUAAGGGUAGUAUCGCUCUGAGUGAUCCGUCGUGGGGCCAGCCUCCCGCGUAAUUAUGCUGAUAAUAUAUAAGUAUGGCUUAAAUUUGAUAAAGGAAGGCUUCUGAACACUUAGCGGUCGUACGAAGAUUGUAGUAUUGUAAAUAGUUUCAAUUAGACAACUGUCAAUAAAUUCUCUAUUGUUAUUCUA